AUGGGAAAACGGAAGCAAUUGAAAGAUGUUGAGAUGAAGGAUGGCGGGACCGAUGACAGCGGAAGCGACGAGGACCUCGAUGUUAUCAAUGUCGAUUUCGAAUGGUUUGAUCCACAGCCUGCGGUAGACUUUCAUGGCCUAAAAGUGCUGUUGCGUCAGCUCUUUGACUCGGACUCGCAGCUCUUCGAUCUAUCGGCACUGUCCGACUUGAUCCUAUCACAGCCAUUGCUGGGGUCUACAGUGAAGGUAGACGGGAAUGAAACCGAUCCAUAUGCCUUUCUCACCGUCCUGAACCUACACCAGCAUAAGGACUUACCCGUAAUAAAAUCCCUGAUAGACUAUCUUAGGACCAAGUCGUCCACUCCCGGGUGUUCUUCACUCAAUCAGUUGCUAUCUCAGCCAGAAGUUCCUCAAAUAGGGCUCAUACUGACCGAACGCCUAAUAAACGUACCAGCUCAGGUGGUCCCUCCUAUGUAUACUAUGCUGCUAGAAGAGAUUUCGUGGGCCCUGGAGGAAAAGGAACCCUACAACUUCACCCAUUAUCUCAUAAUAUCGAAGACAUACCAGGAAGUUGAGUCCAAGUUGGAUCAAGAGGAUGACCGGCCGCAGAAGAAAAAGAAAAAGGCCGGGAGUGAAAGCUCGGAGACGUUCUAUUUCCACCCUGAAGACGAGAUAUUACACAAGUAUGCCCUAUGCUAUACGGGCUAUAACUAUACCCAUGAGGCUGAAGGUCGGUCGGAUUCAAAGAGAGCAUUUCAGGAACUGGGAAUCCACCCACAGGGCCACAUGAUUUUAAUAGAAGCGUCCAACUUCGAGGCUGCAGUAGCCAAUCUGAAAGAAUUCCUAAACCCAUCUUCGUGA